AUGGCUUCAAUAGUCGAGAGGACAAGCGAGGGCAUUGUUUACAAGCCCUGGCGGAAUAUGGAAGUCCCCGAUCUUGAUGUCUUGACUUUGUUGUUUGAAUCACAACAGUGUUAUCAACCCGAUGGUACUAUUCUCCAUGCGGAUGCCGCGGAACCCUCCAACCAUGUCACCAAGGGCAAAUUACGGCAAGACUUGAAGAAGCUUGCCCACGUACUCCGGAACCGGUUUGGCAUUGGUGCUUCGGGUCCGAGCAAAGAUGUAGUCUUUACGAUAUCCACCGGACACUAUCUUUUGCCUCUCAUGUUCUAUGGUACAGUGGCUGCCGAGGGCAUCUUUUCUUCCACCAGUCCUGGUGCCACUCCGGAUGAGCUCGCAUUUCAGCUGAAGCAGACCACUCCCAAGAUCAUCCUCUGCAACCCGGACACUCAGGCCAAUGCCAUCGCGGCGGCCAAGAAGGUGGAUUUCCCACUCAACAAGAUCAUCUCGUACCGCGGCGAGAAGGAGCUGGAGCUCUUUGAAGCGGUGAGCGGCACAAAGAUCCCCAUCCCCAACCAAUUGUUGGAGUGGAGGCGCAUCACGGACCGCCGCGAGCUCGAGUACAGCGUCGUCUGCCUCUUGUUCUCGAGCGGCACAACUGGUCUUCCCAAGGCCAUGAAGCUUUCCCACCGAAAUCUCGUUUCCGGUGGCACCCUUCUGUUGGAACCCAUCAAGGAGUUCAAUGCGACACAUCGGCCAAAGGACUUUCGGUAUGUCGGACUGGGCCAUCUUCCAGUCGCCCAUAUCGCAGGUGUUCAAGGCUACCUCGUCAAUUCGGUGUACAUGGGAGGAACUUUAUACUGGAUGCCGAGAUUUGACUUUGUCAAGUUCUGCGAGUAUUUUAAGAAGUACCAAGCCACGUCCGGCUUCAGCGUACCACCAAUCUAUCUGUUGAUCUCAAAGUCACCCUUGGUGACGGAUCAGUUCGACACCUGGGUCGAUGCUAUUGCUGGAGCGGCGCCAAUGGGCGAGGACCUGCAAGUCGAAGUCAGCAAGAAGCUGGGAAGAGGCACCACCAAGUUGCGUCAGACCUGGGGUCUCAGCGAGACGACCGGUAGUAUUACGACUGUUCCCAUCGACCGGACAGAUCUCGGCCCUGGGACUGUUGGCGGCUUGGUUCCCAGUCACGAUGCCAAGCUCAUUGACGAAGAUGGCAACGACGUUGAACCAGGCAAGGAGGGCGAGAUCUUGGUCCGCGGACCGCUGGUCAUCAAGGGGUACUGGAACAACCCCAAGGCGGAUUCAGAAGCUUUCAAGAACGGGUGGUUCUACACGGGUGAUAUUGGUGUGUUUAGAGACGGCUGGCUCUACAUUGUUGAUCGAAAGAAGGAACUCAUCAAGUACAAGGGCACUCAGGUUGCCCCAGCCGAGCUCGAGGCCAUUCUGCUUUCUCACCCAAAGAUUCUGGAUGCCGCUGUGAUCGGUGUUGCUGGCGAAGGCACAGAGCUUCCUCGCGCCUACGUCGUAGCCGACGAGAAACAAAUCUCUGCCGAGGAGAUCAAGAGCUUCGUGGCCAAGCAAGUGGCCAAGUACAAACAGCUCCGAGGAGGGGUCGUCUUCAUCCACGCGAUCCCAAAGAGCCCCUCGGGCAAGAUCUUGAGGAAGGACCUCAGACUUUUGGCAAAGAAGGAUGGACAGUCAUCCAAGUUGUAG